AUGACAUUCUUCUUAUCGCGAAAGAUACUGAUUAAGACAGGGCGAUAUGGUGUAAUUCUGGAUGCCGGUUCAUCUGGCACCCGAGUCUAUAUUUACCGAUGGCUCAAUAACCAGCGAGCGAGGAAGGACGGCUCUGAUCUCGACCUCAAAAGUCUGCCGCAGCUGGAGACAAAGAAGAAGUGGACGCUCAAGAUCAAGCCUGGAGUCUCGACGUUCGGAGAGAAGCCAGAACUCGUUGGCCCCGACCAUCUCAAAGAGCUUGUCGACCACGCCCUCGAGUACAUCCCCGAUGACCAAGUCCAAGAUACUCCCAUCUUUCUCCUCGCCACAGCUGGCAUGCGCCUACUUCCCGAUGUCCAACGAACCCAAGUCCUUGACAACAUCUGCUCCUACCUACAAAAGAAUACCAAAUUCCAGUUACCCGACUGCGGCCUACACAUCCAGGUCAUUCCUGGCGAAACAGAAGGACUGUAUGGAUGGAUAGCUGCAAACUACCUACUCGGCGCCUUUGACGCCGAUGCCUCCAAAAUGCACCUCCAUGGCAAGGACCACUAUACAUACGGAUUUCUGGACAUGGGAGGUGCUUCUGCUCAAAUUGCAUUUGCACCAAAUGCCACUGAAGCUGAGAAACACGCCGAAGACCUGAAGUUGUUGCGCAUGCGCAAGGUCAACGGUGACCCAAUCGAGUACAAAGUCUUUGUCACAACUUGGCUAGGCUAUGGUGUCAACGAGGCUCGCAGACGUUACAUUGAAUCACUAACAACAGCAAGUCCCGGAAUCGUUGAGUUGCCUGAUCCCUGUCUUCCUACUGGUUUGGAAGUCACUAAAUCUGGUCACGCAAUUCCUCCUGGUUCUCAUGAGGCGGCUGGAAGAGAAACAUACCUUUUAGGAACAGGCAAGUUCCCCGAGUGUCUAUCUAAGACAUACCCCUUGCUGGACAAGGAUGCGCCAUGUCUAGAUCCUCCGUGUUUGCUGCACGGCGUACAUGUCCCUGCAAUUGAUUUCGAUGUCAAUCAUUUCGUCGGAGUUUCUGAAUACUGGCACACUACUCACGAGAUCUUCGAAAUGGCUCACAAGGACAAAGCCUACGAUUUCAACACCUAUCAACAACGCGUUCUCGAAUUCUGCAGUCAAGAUUGGAAGUCAAUACAACAGGGUGUGAAAGAGCAAAAAUGGGGCCAGAAGGUUACAGAAGAGAAGGUGGCCGAAGUCUGCUUCAAGGCUAGUUGGUUGAUCAACAUGCUGCAUGAUGGCAUUGGUAUUCCAAGAGUUGGUCUUGAAGGUACAAAAGGUGGUCACAAUGGUACGAAGGCUGUAAUCGAUGGAGCGAAAGAGAAGGGCUUCCUGGAUCCGUUCCAGGCCGUGAACAAAAUCAAUGAUGUCGAAGUCAGCUGGACGUUAGGGAAGAUGGUCUUGUACGCUGCUUCACAGGUGCCCGGUCCGGACGACAAGGCACUGGCAGUUGGUUUUGGCAGUAAUGUUCCUGGACCCAACCUUCCUAAGGACUUCCAAUUUGCAGGUGGUAGCCCUGUCACCUUGCCGACCGAUCUCAAGGAUGAUGAUGUCGACUGGCACGACAAGCUCUUCACAUCAAGCUCUUCCCGCAGAUUGCCAGGUUUCCUACUAUUCCUAGUCAUCCUCCUGGUGGCAGCAUUCCUCCUCUGUGGUCGGGACAGGCGCAACACCCUACUCAGAAAAGCAGGCUUCUCACCCGGCAAAAGCAGCAAACGCAAACCUAAUGCUGUAACAAACAGCCUAGGCAAACUUUUCGGCAGCAAUAACUCUGGCCCCGCAUAUGAGCGCGUCCUAGAAGGCGGCAUUGGUCCUGACCCCUCUGACUUCGAAUUGGAUGAUAUGAACGAGAACGAUUCGGACUCGGACACCAGCAACGGCCGCACUUCUGGCUGGGCCACCCCCAAGAUCAACAACAAUGGCUUCAGCAUGCCACAUGGUGGUAGAGGUGUGUUGGCGAGGACGGAAAGUAGAGAGCAACUAGCUACUGCGACAUUGCGCUCAGGAAGCAGGAGUCGGGCGGCCAGUCCUAGUCGGAUAAGAAGCCCACUCAUUACGCCUCUCAAAGAGACUGUCGAGUGA